UAAAAAAAGUGAUGAAUAAAAUGGCAAUACCCCUGACCCUUUUCCUUCCGCCGGUCGCUGCAUCUCCUCCGUCGCCUCUCUUCCUCUCUUUCUACCGUUUCUCUCGUCUCCAUCAUUUCCCCUCUCCCUCACCUUCUGUGUUAUUGAAAGCUACAUCUAAAAGACUCACCUUGGCAACCAAGAUACAGCCCGUGGCAACCAUGGCAGCUGCUGAUGAAGAAAACGCUGGGAACCUAAAACGUCAACUCGCUAAACUCUUUGAGGCAUCCCUUAAGAAUACGGUUCCAGAUGAACCUGACGUUGAGCCCUUGGUAGCUGCAUGCACUGCCAAAUUCGGCGAUUACCAAUGCAACAACGCGAUGGGCCUUUGGUCCAAAAUAAAAGGAAAGGCUACUCCUUUCAAGGGUCCUCCUGCUGUUGGGCAGGCCCUUAUGAAAAAUCUCCCUCAAUCUGAGAUGGUAGAAUCAUGCUCCGUAGCUGGACCUGGAUUUGUCAAUGUUGUAAUAUCAGCUAAUUGGAUGGCAAAGACUAUUCAAAACAUGCUUAUUGAUGGAAUAGAUGCAUGGGCGCCUACCCUUUCGGUGAAAAGAGCUGUUGUUGAUUUUUCCUCGCCCAAUAUUGCAAAAGAAAUGCAUGUUGGACACUUAAGAUCUACAAUUAUUGGUGACACAUUAGCUCGUAUGCUCGAGUAUUCGAAGGUUGAAGUUCUUCGCAGAAACCAUGUUGGUGACUGGGGAACACAGUUCGGUAUGCUGAUAGAAUAUCUCUUUGAGAAAUUUCCAGACUCAGAGAGUGUAACUGAGGCAGCAAUCGGAGAUCUUCAGGCAUUUUACAAAGAAUCAAAAAAGAAAUUUGAUGAGGAUCGUGACUUUAAGGAGAAGGCACAACAGGGUGUAGUCCGACUUCAGGGUGGUGACCCCAAGUACCGCAAGGCUUGGGCUCAGAUUUGUGAAAUCAGUCGAGCGGAGUUUGCUAAGGUUUAUGAACGCCUUCGAGUUGAGCUUGAAGAGAAGGGAGAAAGCUUUUACAAUCCUCAUAUCCCUAAGGUCAUUGAGGAAUUGAGCAGCAAGGGGUUAGUCGAAGAAAGUGAAGGUGCCCGGGUGAUUUUUCUUGAAGGCUUCAACAUCCCGCUUAUUGUUGUUAAGAGCGAUGGCGGUUACAACUAUGCUUCAACAGAUCUGACUGCUAUUUGGUAUCGACUGAAUGAAGAAAAAGCUGAAUGGAUUAUAUAUGUUACCGAUGUUGGCCAGCAGCAGCACUUUGAUAUGGUGUUCAAAGCUGCCAAGAAAGCUGGUUGGCUUCCGGAUAACGAUAAGACCUACCCAAGAACUAGCCAUGUUGGUUUUGGUCUUGUCCUUGGGGAAGAUGGCAAGCGGUUUAGAACUCGGAGUACAGAAGUGGUCCGCUUAGUCGAUUUGCUAGAUGAGGCCAAGACUCGCAGUAAAGCUGCUCUCGUUGAGCGGGGUAAGGACAAAGAGUGGACUACUGAGGAGCUUGAUCAAACAGCUGAGGCAGUUGGAUAUGGUGCCGUCAAGUAUGCUGACCUUAAGAACAACAGGUUGACAAAUUAUACGUUCAACUUCGAUCAAAUGCUUAAUGACAAGGGAAAUACAGCUGUUUAUCUUCUAUAUGCCCAUGCUCGGAUCUGUUCAAUCAUACGAAAGUCCGGUAAAGACAUAGAUGAGCUGAAGAAGAUGGGAAAGAUAGCAUUGGAUCAUGCGGAUGAACGAGCACUCGGGCUUCACUUGCUCCAAUUUGCCGAGACGGUUGAGGAGGCAUGUACAAACUUGUUACCGAGCGUGUUGUGCGAGUACCUCUAUAACCUGUCCGAGUACUUCACCAAAUUCUACUCCAACUGUCAGGUCAUCGGGUCAGUGGAGGAGACGAGCCGGCUCCUUCUCUGCGAGGCCACAGCUGUGGUUAUGCGGAAAUGCUUCCACCUUCUCGGAAUCACUCCUGUCUACAAGAUUUGAUACGUCUCGACGCAUAUCAGGCAACCCCCAGGUGAAAACGGAUUGUCUGGAUCGAACAUAUAUUUUUGCCCGACUCAUGAGAAACAUCUGUUUUGUUCAAGAUUCUUGACUUCCGUUACAGACAUGUGAAAGACAAGGAGAAGGAAUCAAAGCCGAUGUUCUUGUUCUUGCUCUCGUUCGGGUUCAGGGGAAAAAAAAACUGAGAUACAACCUGAACCGAACCAGAGAGUACUGUUGUGUCAUAAAACAAGGAUUGUCCUAUUUUUUUUUUCA